AUGGAUCCUGAUUCUCCUACGAUUCCACCUCAUCCACCUCUAAUUAGCUAUACAUUUGGUGGUAUAUCUGCAGUUAGUGCCGUGUUCUUUACGCACCCGUUUGAUCUAUUGAAAAUUCAUCUUCAGACGUCUCGAAAAGAGCAUUUAAGGUUACUUCCCGCCAUUCGACACAUAAUCAAGCAACAGGGACUUGGUGGGCUCUAUCAGGGCAUCUCGGGGGGAAUUAUGAGAGAAGGCACUUAUUCAACAAUACGUUUUGCAGUUUAUCACUAUCUAAAGGAUGAGGCGGUACGUCGUAAUGACGGGAAUUCCAUUUCAACAUGGCACAAUGUUUUACUUGGGAUGAUUGGUGGAGUUCUUGGAGGUGCCGUUGGAAAUCCAGCGGAUAUUGUCAACAUUCGUAUGCAGGCAGAUAGUCGAUUGCCAAUUGAAAAGAGACGCAACUACAAACAUGCAGUUGAUGGACUGAUUCGAGUAGAAAAAGAAGAGGGCAUUGCAGCUUUAAUGUGCGGUGUUCGACCCAAUAUGAUUCGAGCCAUGUUACUUACGACGGGACAGAUUGCAGCUUAUGACUUGGCCAAGUCGAUGAUCUUGCAGAAUUCAAUGGUGUUGAUGCACGACAAUCUCAAGACACACGUUCUUGCCAGUAUGAUCGCUGGGCUCGUGGCUACUACGGCUUGUGCACCAGCUGAUGUGGUCAAGACAAGACUCAUGAAUAUGCACGUUCCGAACGAGUACAAAAGUGCCUCUGAUUGCUUUGUGCAGGUGGUGAAGCAAGAAGGACUCAGGGGCUUGUACAAAGGAUGGCUGCCGGCAUACAUGCGCCUUGGUCCACAGACGCUGCUGACGUUUAUGUUUCUUGAACAGCUACGCAACCGUCUGCUAUAG